GGCUGGACCUUCACCACGUCUUACAAGCUCAAGAGACACCUGCAGUCGCACGACAAACUGCGGCCAUUUGGCUGCCCGGUGGAGGGCUGUGGCAAGAGCUUCACCACCGUGUACAACCUCAAGGCGCACAUGAAGGGGCACGAGCAGGAGAACUCCUUCAAAUGCGAGGUCUGUGAGGAGAGCUUCCCCACGCAGGCCAAGCUCAGCACCCACCAGCGCAGCCACUUCGAGCCCGAGAGGCCUUACCAGUGUGCGUUCUCUGGCUGCAAGAAGACGUUCAUUACUGUGAGUGCCCUGUUUUCUCAUAACCGCGCCCAUUUCAGGGAACAGGAACUCUUUGCCUGCUCCUUCCCUGGCUGCAGCAAGCAGUAUGACAAGGCUUGCAGGCUCAAGAUUCACCUGCGCAGCCACACGGGAGAGAGGCCUUUCCUUUGUGACUUCGAUGGCUGUGGCUGGAAUUUCACCAGCAUGUCCAAACUCUUGAGACACAAGAGGAAGCACGACGACGACCGCCGGUUCACCUGUCCCGUAGAGGGCUGCGGGAAGUCCUUCACCAGGGCCGAGCACCUGAAAGGCCACAGCAUAACCCACCUGGGCACGAAGCCCUUCGUGUGCCCCGUGGAAGGCUGCUGUGCCAGGUUCUCCGCCCGGAGCAGUCUCUACAUCCACUCCAAGAAGCACUUGCAGGACGUGGGCACCUGGAAAAACCGCUGCCCGGUCUCCACCUGUAACAAACUCUUCACGUCCAAGCACAGCAUGAAGACCCACAUGGCCAAGAGGCACAACCUCAGCCAGGACCUCCUGGCCCAGCUGGAAGCUGCCAACUCCCUCACACCCAGCAGUGAACUCACCAGCCAGGGCCAGAACGACCUCAGUGGUGCAGAGCUAGUGUCUCUGUUCUCGGAUGUGCCUGGCCACAGUUCUGCUGCCGUGCUGGACACGGCCUUGGUCAAUUCCGGGAUCUUGACGAUUGACGUGGCCUCUGUGAACUCGACCCUCGCGGGAAGUCUCCCUGCUGAUAACAGUAACCAUUCCUUAGGGCCAGCGGUGGACCCCCGGGCCCUCAGGGCCCCCACUGACCUUCCCCAGAGUCUGGAUACCUCUCUCUUCUUCGGAACCUCGGUGGCUGGCUAUCAGCAGAGCCCCUUAGACAUGGACGAUGUCUCCGGUGGAAACGUGGGGCUCUUUGGCUCCUUGGCUCUGAAAAGCUCCAGCCUGGAGCCCCAGGCUUUGACACCCAGCAAUAAGUUAACUGUGGACACCGAAGCUCUGACUCCCUCCAGCACCCUCUGUGAAAACAGUGUCUCAGAACUACUGACCCCUGCCAAAGCCGAUUGGAACGUGCACCCCGAGUCUGACUUCUUUGGGCACGAGGAAGAAACCCAGUUUGGAUUCUCCAACCCGGCAGGAAGCCACGCUUCUCAGAAAGAAACAGACCUUAUCACGGUGACUGGCACCCCGUUUUUGGUAUGAACCUACUCGGCCCGUGCCCUGACGGGUGGCUCGCUUUCAUUGAUUACACUCCAAUCUGAGGAUGUCCUGUUCUGGACGGAGUGCUGACUUACCUGCGGUCCUUUCUUGCUGCUUUGCAAAGGAGCGCAUCUGUGGACUAUACAGAUUGAGAGAUUGAAAUUCUCACCCCGAGUCUGGAACUCAUGAGUUCUGUGACCGUGAGCAAGUCUCUUAACCUAACUGAGCCUUAAUUUUUUCUUUUUAUGUAUAAAGAAGGUUGUUUGUUUAGAUUGCUUCUACUCUCUUUUCAGCUCUUUAGGUUCUUGAUAAUAAGUGUUUUUUCAUUGAAAUUUAUUGUGACACCCCAACAAUGAUAUGCUCCUAUUUUGAAUAUAAUGUAAAUUAAGUUAUGUGAUAGUGAAUAUAUACUUUGCACUUCAUGAAUUGUAAACCCAUGCAUCAUCUUAUUUGUCUUUUUCACUGCCCUUUUUUUAGUAUUUUUUAAGGACUACCAGAUAUUAGUUUAUUCAUAUAUAUUCGUUACAGAGCUGCAGAAUACAUUGGGUCUAGAGAAAAGUUUAUUAUAAUAAUUUUUGUAUCAAUGAAAAUCCAUGUUUUUAACUUCAUAUUGUCACAUAAUUGCUACCUGGUUUAAAACUCCUUAAUGUUCUGCAAUAUAUUUUAAUCUGUACAUUUCAUUUCCCCCCUUUUCUUAAGAUUUUAUUCAUUGAAAAUAAUUAUUUUUGAGUAGAUUUUGCCACAUCCCAUCUAAUUUUUGCUGAUUGUAUCCUGUUUUCACUCAUUUUCUCAAUUUAGUAGUUAAUGACUUGAUCAUAUUUAAAUAUUAUUUUUGCAUGGAUGUUUUAUAGAUUACCCUGCAUUCUUUUACAAUUUGCUUAUAAUGUCUCCUUUCUCUUUUUGUGAUACUGAGAGCCUUUACUGAUCAGGACAUUUGGUUGUGAUUACUCUUGCUUCUGAUAUGUUCAGAUGUUCUUGUACAAUCGCUAACACUUAGGGGAGGAGGAAAUGUUGUUUAGAACACUUAGGAAAGUUUAAUAGAAAUACUAUUUAGUGCCAGAAUAUUUUCUUAAAUGGUGGUAAGACUGACAAGACAAAUAGCAAAGAGAAUUGUGUUUGUUCUUGUCAUUGUUGAUAUUUCUGACAUCUUUUGGUGGUAGUAGGGAGGCUGUGUUGUCGAAUUGCCAUCCAGGACUUUGACAUGAAAGCUUCGGAGUCCAGUUUGUGCUCUCUGGUAUUGGAGAGGUUGUCUUGAAGAUAUUAGUCUCACUAAACCUCAGUUUCCUGUUUACUGACUAAUGUGUAUGCACAUGACUAACAUUCCUUAGACUUUUCUUCUCAUACAGUUUCAACACAUAAGAAAAAGUAUGUAUUUCAGUACAUUUUGAUCACUUUAUAUGCUCUUUUUACACUUUGAGUUUUUUGUGUUAGGUAAAAAGGCCUAAUUCAGCCCUAUUGGUAUUCAAGUUAAUAAAGUGUUGUGAGGUUUAGAAUGAAAAGGAAAGGAUCUCUUUAUUCCUUACCCUGAAUAAUUUUCUUUCCUAAAAUGUUUGGGAAAGCCAAGAGUGGAAACACUGCUCACGUGGUUAUCUCCAUACCUCUCUAUUUGUUCAGUCUGUCAACAUCCUUGUUCUGUUUCUAACACUAGGCUUCUCUCUGUGACUGUGGAGCUCUGGUUCUUUCAAAAUCUGAUAAAGGAGAAGAGGGUGAUCAUAUCCCUUGUGAUCUGAAGAGAGCGUUGUUUAUACUUUUCCAGAAUUGAAAUGAAAGAUUGAAUCUCAAUAUUGUGUAAACUCUGUGCAGAGACUAUAGCGUUUUUAGUUUGUGGAAUGUUUUCAUACCUCAUGUCUUUUAUUUUUGUUCAGAGCAACUCUGUGAGGUAGUUUUAGCAAAGUCUGUGCAUGUUUCAUAUUAUAGUUUAGCCAACUCACAUUCCAACUGGUUUUGGCUAUGACCGACACUUCUAUAUAUAGCUUCACAAAAGAAGAAAAUAUUUUCACCUCUCCUGUCUGCAACUUCCAAGAUUCACUUUCCUCUGUCAUCACUGGUUGCUCUGUUCUAACGUAAUUGGUUUCUGUUAGCUUCUGCUUACUUUUUCUAUAGUAUACUCUCUUGCCUGUGCAUUCUACUCCUUAUACACCUUUCUUUCUUGUUUGUUUUUUUAAUGAAUAGAUAUCUUUCCUGUGACUAUCCCUUCAACAUCUUCCUCAUGGCACAUUUUCUUUCAGUGCUAGCAUUCACUAAGUGUGUACUAUAGUUCUGUGUGUACAGUAAAAAGCUAUUUUCUGAGCUUAAAUAAUACUGUGUGUAUAUAUGAUUCAAAGCAUAAAGGAGAUUAUUUUUUAUGCUGUUCAACUGAGAAAUGAAUUUCUGUGUCAUUGUUUCUAUUUAAAAAGUUUUUGCCAGGGAGUUCUGCUAAUACUUUCUUAUUUGUUCUAGUGUACUAGUCUAGUAGCAUUUGCAUGUAGAUGUCUAUGGAUGACAGACUUUGGAAAUGCACUCAAAAUUUGCCACUAUGAAAUGUUUCUCUGUUGUGUGUGUGUUGGUAUUUAUACACACCCACAGAUACUCGAAAAUAUUUUAAAAAUGGUUGUACGCAUUUAGUGAAGAUGAAAAGUAGACAUACUUUUAUAAAUCAAAAAAUGCUUAGAAUUUUAUUUUGUCUACCCAUUUGACAGUUUUCCAUGUUUGUGUUGAAACUAUUUGUAUUCAUAAAAUAUAUUUCAAAAGUGUUAUUCAUUUGAACGUUCCUAAAUAGACCACUAUUUUUUGUGUUUGGCAAAUAAGUCUGUCAAGGAUGAGCUGAAUACACAAGUCAUGAAAAUAAAGUAAAUUUAUAAACAUGAAGAUAAA